UCUGCCAGCCAGGAGGACGCAUAAAAGAAGAACAUUGCAGCAGAGGCACAGAAGGAGAGUGCAAGAGGAGCAGGGAAAUACACAUAAAAACAGCAGAACCAGAACACCCUCCCCUGGACACACCCUGCUGAGGAUCACUGCUUCUCUUUUUUCUGAACCAUCGCCCACGCCACUCGGAGAGAACACUCUCCCUCAUCAUCAUCCAGUAGAAAACCCCUUUCUCCUAAUUUUCAUCCUAUAGAGGACACCUACAAUCUCAGUGGGCUGAGAUUCCCUGGCAAAGAUUGUCUUUUUUUCCUUUUUUUCUUUUUUUUCUUUUCAUUUGGACUCCUGGCAGAAGGGCCAUAUAAUACAAAAAAAGGCCAAAGAACACAUUAAGACUCAGCAUCCAGCUUCAAGACCAGUGGAAGGAAGGACCUAGAAUUCUUUCAUUGUACGUCAAGAAUGGUUACUCAGAUAAUCAGCACCAUGGAAACCCAGGUGUCCAACGGUCCAAGCGGAACCAGUCUGCCAAACGGUCCAGUCAUUAGCACCAAUGGCUCCACAGACGACAGCAAAACCAACCUGAUCGUCAACUAUCUGCCUCAGAACAUGACCCAGGAAGAGUUCAAAAGUUUGUUUGGCAGCAUUGGAGAGAUCGAGUCCUGCAAGCUGGUCAGAGACAAGAUAACAGGUCAGAGUUUGGGAUAUGGUUUCGUAAACUAUGUGGAUCCAAACGAUGCAGAUAAGGCCAUCAACACGUUGAAUGGUCUCAAGCUGCAGACUAAAACAAUCAAGGUGAGCUUUCUACGAUAA